UGUAUUUCAUCAUCAUCAAUAGCUUAUUGUGAAUUGUGAAUUUUUUUUGAUCAAACCAGAAAAAAUGUCGUUUAAAAUGCAAGGAUAUUUAAAAAUUAUCCAAGAUGAAGCAGAAAAACUUAGAGAAGUAAAAGGGGUUCCACGUGGCAGAUCAAAUGGUGAUCGAAAUCGCAACACCAAAAACUAUUCGAAUCGUAAUGGGGAUGAUCGCUUUAAACGAAAUGAUUCAAAAUAUUCAUAUCGUGAUGAUGAUUUUGCAAAUAAAUGGACUUCUAAUUCAAGUGGUCGAGGCCGAAAUGAUUACUAUAAUCAUUGUGAUCGUAAUAAUGAAGAUUCUGAUUACAAAUCAAACAAUCGUUAUCGAGGCAAUGAUGAUGAUAAUAACGACCGCCGAGGAAAGGCUAACCCUUAUGCCCUUCCACCAUCUGAUAGCCGUGACAAUGACAAAAUAGAUUCUGAUCGUUACAGUGGCCGGGAAAACAAAUACUCGAGUCGUCAAAAUGAAGACUCGAAUUGCAAAUGGACUGGCAGAUCAAACGAACGUAAUCAAGAUUAUAAUGAUGAUUCUUACGGCCGUAGCGACCGCAAGGAAAAGUUCAAUCCUUAUGCCCUUCCACCAUCUGAUAGCCGUGACAAUGACAAAAGAGAUUCUGAUCGUUACAGUGGCCGGGAAAACAAAUACUCGAGUCGUCAAAAUGAAGACUCGAAUUGCAAAUGGACUGGCAGAUCAAACGAACGUAAUCAAGAUUAUAAUGAUGAUUCUUACGGCCGUAGCGACCGCAAGGAAAAGUUCAAUCCUUAUGCCCUUCCACCAUCUGAUAGCCGUGACAAUGACAAAAGAGAUUCUGAUCGUUACAGUGGCCGAGAAAACAAAUACUCGAGUCGUCAAAAUGAAGAUUCAAAUUGCAAAUGGACUGGCAGAUCAAACGAAAGUAAUCAAGAUUAUAAUGAUGAUUCUUACGGUCGUAGCGACCGCAAGGAAAAGUUCAAUCCUUAUGCCCUUCCACCAUCCGAUGAAAGAGAUAAUGAGGAUCAAGACACUCGAAAUGACAACAAAUAUUCGGGUCCUUUCAAUGAUGAGUCAAGUCUUGGCAAAUCAAAGUACUCAAGCUCUUCUACUGAUUGUUAUGGAAAUCGGGAUGAUGGCAGUCGUUAUAAUAGUCGCCGAGAUAAUGAUGAAUUUAAAAAAGACCGGAGAGAAGUAGAUCGUCAAUCUAUGGAAUCUUCCAGAAAUUCUUAUGGUCGUGACAAUGAUGAACCAGCCCGUAACACUUGGAAAAGUUCACAAGUAUCCGUAACAAAAGAUUCUUUUCGUGAUUUCGAUCGUUUGCUUGUUGAAUUCAAACCCCCAAAGAACUUGCGGUUGCAACACAUAAUCUUGGAAAUCGAGAGCCGACAAAUUUAUGAGAAAAUGGAAACUAUUCUUAAAAGUUCAUCGUCUAAGAAAAUUGUUGUGAUCAUUCAACGUACUCACGAAUUUUCUGAUUUAACUGGUAAAGUUUUGAGUGGCAAAGGAUGUUCUGUUAAAAGUUUAAAUGAACAAAAUAUGGAUAAUAUCGAACACAAUGAAGUUCAAGCAUUUUCCACAACGUUCGAAUUUUUGGCUGAUCAUCCCAAUGUUCAAUUAGAAUUGCCUGAUGUUGUCAUCAAUUGUGACUUGGCUUUCAAACGGGUCAAGUUUUUAGAACGUUUUCUUGUUUCUAAAAGCACUGAUAAAAAAGAGGUGGAAAUUUAUCACCUUGGCUUAUCAAACUCCCCGUUUGUUCACACAUUGCGAGAAAUUUUUGAAUAGCUGAAACAUUUAAAAAUCAAACUAAACUUUCAUUGUAACAAUUUCGAAUCGAAAUAAAAUAUUUAGUAUACACUGUUCAUUAA